CUCUGUUAACCACAGAAGCCCAAAGUUCUUCCAUAGCUAAUCGGAGCCCGAUUCCUUUGCUCUGCUCUUAGGAGCUCUCAGUCCCCUUCCCCUCCAAGAAGCGGGUGAUGGCGUGCGGAACGAUGGAGCAGAGCAGCAGAUGCUUGGAAGACUUCCCUCUCAACGUGUUCUCUCUCACGCCUUACACACCCAGCACCGCCGACAUCCAGGUGUCCGAUGACGACAAGGCAGGGGCCACGCUGCUCUUCUCGGGCAUCUUCCUGGGUCUGGUGGGAAUCACGUUCACCGUCAUGGGCUGGAUCAAGUACCAAGGUGUCUCCCACUUUGAAUGGACCCAGCUCCUUGGGCCCAUCCUGCUCUCAGUCGGGGUGACGUUCAUCCUGAUUGCCGUGUGCAAGUUCAAAAUGCUUUCCUGCCAGUUGUGCAAAGAAAGUGAGGAAAGGGUCCUGGAUGCGGAGCAGACGGCCGGAGGGCAAUCCUUUGUUUUCACUGGUAUCAACCAACCCAUCACUUUCCAUGGGGCCACCGUGGUGCAAUAUAUCCCUCCUCCUUAUGGCUCUCAGGAGCCCAUUGGGAUGAACACCACCUACCUGCAGCCAGUGGUGAACCCCUGCAGUCUCAUACCCUCUGGAGGGGCGGUGGCCACCAUGCCGAGCCCUCCUCAGUACUACACCAUCUACCCUCCAGAGAACGCCGCCUUUGUUGAUGACCAGGACUACCUUUCCUUCACGGAUGGUGGAAAUGACAGGUCCAGCCCUGAUGCUGAGCAGCUAGAAGAGACACAGCUGGAAGAUGUGGACUCUGCCACCUUCUCUCCUCCCUCCUAUGAGGAAAUAUACUCUCUCUCUCGUUAGAGACUGUGAUGCCCGGGGAACAACGCUGAGUCAUGGCUGCUGACGACUGCAGUGUACUCUGCGCUGACCUUCAGAAGUUAGACAGCCCAGCAGCCCAGACAGCCUGACAGACACCAUGCAGCGUGGGGGAGGAGGAAGUGGGAAGUGAAAUGUCUCAGGUUAGUAAAAAUUAGGCUGGGACGAGGAAAUUCCCUUCCAGUACAGCUGGAAUCCCCUUCACGAGGUCAGGGAGCAGGCAUUUCACCUGUUUUCCCACUGUGCGCCUCUUCGCUACCGGAAGGCACUGUGUCUCAAUUGUAACUCCAGCAGCCAAGGGAGGAAUGACAUUGCUGUGACCUUGGGAGUUUCUGUCUAGUGGGAGUAGGGGCUGGGAAGGAAGGAGGGAAGAGAAAACAGGCUCAACGGGAGAUGUUCUCGGCCCCCAGAGAAGAGUCACAUGUCCCAAACAGCCGGGUUGCCACCCUGUGUCCCUUGAGGACACUAAGUAUCCUAAAGGCUGCAAAAAAAAUACAUAACAUGAAAUAAAGAAUGUCUCCUGUUAGAACAGUAUUGGAUAGCUGGCGAAACCGCACAAUAUAAACAAUAACAGGGGAAUGAUGUCAAUAAAUCUUAAGUUAUCCCUGGGUCACAGUGACUCUGGGGCUGCUGGUGUUCUCCUUGGCAAGGCUGAAGCUUGACGCGUCUGCCCCAGGCUGGCAUCUGCGCUGGGCACAAACCACCCAGCCCAGCGGCCGACAGAACACGGGGUUUCCCUUCGCACCUGCGGAGGAGCUCUGUUGAAUUAGAUGAAAUAGAGCUGCCGUGUCGACACCUGGAAGAUCACAAAUCAUGGAAACAAUCUGUGUGGGCCAAGACAAGCUCAGCUUCUUUAUGAAAAACUUCAGUGCCCUUAAGCUUCCUGCAUCUGGACUGUGUCGUAAACAACCAGAGCAGACUCACAGACGAUAGGAGAGACAGGUUAAACCAUUAGGUUCUAAAAGAAAAUAUUUUCCUUAGGCUACAAAGGUAAGGCCGCUCAAGGUAAGGGGGGCUCAUUCCAAAGGAAGGCAGGAUGGAGAAAGCCUUUGACGUUGGUACCAUGUCUGUAUAUGGAGCGAUUUCUGCUACUUCUUUAUCAGAAGCAUCUAGUUUUCCAAGGAUAUGAUUAAAAUAAGCUUGGUAUA